CAUCUCUAGUAUUCUAAAUAUUAGUGCAUGUUUCAAUAAUACUUGUUGUUUCAUAAAAUGAAUAAUUUGUUUAAAUCAGUAAUAUUGUCUAAACGACAUGUACUUUCUAAAAAUACUGGGUUAAUUUUCAAUGCUGUGAGGAACCAUUGGAAUUAUGAAUAUAAACCGGGUCCCUAUCCUAAAACCCCAGAAGAGCGAGCUGCAGCUGCAAAGAAAUAUGGAAUGUCAAUUGAGGAGUAUCAACCACAUCCCGAACAUAUGGGUUAUGGUGACUAUCCUAAAUUACCUGACAUUGGUGCAGAUUCUAAAGAUCCACACUACCCUUACGAUCAACCAGAGUUGAAAAGAAAUUUCAAUGAGCCUAUACAUUCAAGCGCUGAGAUUUUUGGGGAAGAUCGCUAUGAUAUAAGUAUGAGACCACGUUUCUCAUUGGCACAUCAAUGGACAUGGUUUCUUGGAACUCUUGCUGGAGCUUUUGCAUUGUACAUCUAUUUGGAAGACUAUAAAAUAGGAAGACCUGUGACUGCAAAGCAGUAUCCUACUGAUGGACCUCAUUACCUAUUUUCAUCAAAGUAGAUUUCUCGAUUUAAAAUACCUAUUAAAUAUCUUACCUAGCCAAUUCUGACUAUUAAUAAAGUCAUUGUUGUAAUUAUU